AUGACUGUACUUAAUGCUAUUAUUCAACAUAAAAUAGAAACAGAAAUUCAAGCUGUUUAUGCUAUUCAAUAUUUUAUUAAUAAACUUGAACAUCCACCAAAACUGACUCUACUACUAUUCGAUAUAUUCUAUGAUGAAGAAUGUGUCAGUGAAAAUGCUUUUUUUUUUCAAUGGCUUAAACAUCCAGAUCAAUCUGACAUUGAAGGACAUGCGAUUAUUGAAAUGUCAACAAAAGAUUUUUUUUUCGUUGGUUAG